AUGUCGACGUUUCGAGCGACGUCCGCGGAGCGCGGGACGACGCUCACGGGCGACGCGAAGCUCGAAUUCGUCUCGCAGCUCUUCGACGUCGUCGCGCAUCGCUACGACGCGGUGAACGCGGUCCUCGCGCUGGGCUUCGUCGAUCGAUGGCGAAGGAAAGCGCUGUCCGCGGGGCUCGUCGCGACGUUCGCGCCGGCGUUCGCGAGAGGGAGAAGGGUGUUUCGAAGAGGAGACUCGGUGCUCGACGUCGGGUGCGGCACGGGAAACGUCACGCGGUUUUUGGAGUACGAGGCGAUGAAUUAUUUAGCGCUCGACGUCGUCGGCGUGGAUUGCUCGAAAAAUAUGAUCGAGGAAGCGCGUCGGUUGACGCCGGGCGAGGCGAAGUACGAGGUCGGGAACGCGGGGAAGUUGAGGUUCGCGGACGCGUCGUUUGACUGCGUGACGACGUGCUACACGCUCAGAAAUUUCUCCGACGUGCCGGAGACGUUGAGGGAGAUGUUCCGCGUGUGCAAGCCGAACGGCACGCUGUUGAUUUUAGAUGCGUUUCCGCCGACGGGAAUUUUCGGCGCGGUGUUGCGGUUGUGGUUGCGCUUCGUACUGCCGCUCGUCGGCGCGUUGAUGACGGGCGAAAAGAAGGCGUACGCGUACCUGGGCACUUCGAUCGAGCGCGCGAGGACGCCCAGAGAAGUCGCAGACGAACUCGAGGCGCUCGGCGCCGAAGCGGUGGAAAUCUCGGCGUUGUUCCCGUUCGGCGCCGCCUCGGCCAUCAUUGCGCGAAAGCCGUUUGAUGGAUCGAGUAAAUAA